UCGUGGAAGGAAGUGAUAAAUUACCUGAAGACAAACUCUCAACUUUGACGCUUUUCUGGACGACCAGAUGUGUGAUAUCGACAUCUUUCUUUGCCCAUUGUCUUGUUAAGCUCUCAGCCGCAGGUGAUCUUUGUUUGAGGUGACAAUGCCGGGUCGAUCUAGCAGACGAAAUCGCGACUCUGGCGUCCACAGGGAGAGCAGUAGUAGCGGUUCACGUCCGCAUCGCCACCGAAGUUCCAACAGUAACAGAAGCCGUCGAUUUCGUCUGAAACACAAGGAGAGGAACUUUAUUGCGGCCGUUUGCAGCAUGAUUGUGAUUGUAAUCUUGUGUACAGCCCUGGCUGAGUCCAAGUGGAUUUCACUGAGCGGCGGAGGCUGCAAUCUCAGAUACAUCGGAGCCUAUCAGUUUUUCUUCAGUGGCUUCUUUGAGACGUCGUUCAGUCCACACAAAUCUCAAAAUCUUCCCAUUCAGUACACUCAGUCUGCAGAUAAAAUUUAUCACUACGGUUCUGGUAGAAUUAUGAAAAAUUGUGUAACCCCAAAGGCUGUGGCUCUGAUGAAAACUAUCAUUGGGUUCAUCUUCUUUGCGAUACUGUGCAGCUUUUUCGCCUUCCUUUUGGAUUUAAUUGGGCCUUUGAGACGAUCUCUGAAAAUGAUUCGACGCAAUGCUUUCUUAAGUAUUCUAACAGUUGUGAUUUGCGUUGUGGUAAAUGGAUUUACAUACUGGGUGACCACCGAAAUCGAAAGGCUGCAGAGAAAUACAAAAAUAAAACAGAGUAGCAAAGUUGAGGUAGAUUUCGAUGUAAGUUUCUAUCUGGUGGCAGCAGCGGGAGGUGUGGCAGUUCUUGCGACGGCAUCAAAUUGUUUGCGUCGUUAUCCGAUCUAUGAGGAGAGUCAGACAGAGUCGUUGCUGGAUGACUACGAUGGGGUGGAGGCACUGCUUCCCACCGGACCUGAAGCUUCUGCCUUGGCACAGAUGCCUCCUCCACCCGCAUAUUCCCCUUGAGGUGGCAGUACCUAGAUCAUACACCAUUCCCUAAUUCUUCAAACCUUUUGUAUUAAAACUAGAUUAAAAGCAGUACGUUCAUGUUGAAGGCAGGCUUGCAUGUAGGAAUUUGCCAAAAUGUAUGGUUCUGUAAAAGUGAAAGUGGAACCUUGAAAAUUCUGAGAAUGUCAUGAUGAAAAACCCUGUGUUUUUUUCUUUUUUUUUUUUUUGUACAAAGAGUUUGAAGAAUUGAGGUGUGUGUACUUGGUUUGUAUAGAUAAAUAAAUAUAUAUAUUCAGUGUAUGCAAGGCAUCAUCCACCCUUGGUAUACUCAGUGAGCAGAUUUACUGUAUUUGAUUUGCUUACAUGUAUGUACAUGUAUUAUGAUUGUUUACCUGUGUUGGUGAUAUCUGAGCUAAUCUUCUGGCUCCGUUGUGAAUAGCAAUCUUCGUCUAAUGCUACAGAGUAUCUGUAGCUUUCAUCUGCUUUAUACUAAAGAUAUAUGUACACAAAUGUGCUGACGUGCAGACUUUUUAAAAAAUAUCUGAAUUGCACGCUGCAUAAAUUCCUGUAUGUAUGGAGAUGUGAUAUGCAAAGAUUGUGUUGCUGUGACAUGCAUGAUCUGUAAAACUUCAUGUGUUGUUGCAGCAUUUGUGAUAUGUGAACUACCUUUAUCUGUAUUGCUAUGAUAAAUAAUCAAAUUGAGUGUUGUGUUUCAAUUUGUGGUAGUGAUAAUCCAGAUUAAUACAUUACAUUACAAUAUGACAAUGUUGUCGUAUUGUCAUAUUGUCAUAUUGUCAUAUUGUCUGGUCGCCAUUCAGAUCCCAUAUUCCAAUGGCUUAUGCUACUCCAGCCUCACUUAAAUCAAAUUAACAAAAAAAAAAAAAAAAAGCUAAAACAUUAUCAAUUAUACUGGUAUAUUCUAAUAAUAGUGAGUCAAAAGGGGCCACAGCUGUUAGUUAACUCCUAAGAAAGAAGUCUUGACCAGAGCGUUUACAUGUGAAGGUAGGCAGGGGGUGGUAUUAGGUUGGUCGCUUACCCUUGUCUAAAAUUGAGCAAAAAACAGCACUAAAGACCAUUUAUAUUGGUCUACACAGAAGUAUGUGUCUGAUUAUAGUUCGAUGGAAAGCUAUUAAAAAAUUGUGUACAUAUACAUGUAACAUUAAAUUAAAACAAGUAGUAAGAUCAUAAGAAUCUAGUUGAUUAACUGAACAGCUUAGCACAAUAAAUAAGCGAAGUACAUGUAACUGUGAUAUUCAUACAGCUAUAUAUGCUGUGCGCAUGUAUAAAUAGCUAAAGUGUGCCUCACAGGGCACAAUUCCCCUGAGGAUAACUUAAUUAAGUUGAAAUAUUGAGAUCGUCAAAAUGAAUUUCUUCAGAGUGACUUUGCUUAUUUAUUACACAUAUCAGAAAUAUCUGAUUGUUUCUAAGGCAAGGCUCUAAAUGAAUGGCAUCAUCUGAUUACAACACAGACAGUUUCUUGGUUUCUAUGAAAGAAUUGCUAUUUCAAACUCCUUGGUAUCUUUAUAUAUGAAUAAUAUGGCAGAUUCAUAAUGUGUUGUCAUGACUGGAGAUAGAGAUAGAAUUAGUCAUGUUAGCAAUGGGAAUGUCAGUAUUCUGUGGCAAGAAGAUGGAAUUAAUUAUGUUAGCAAUGGAAAUGUCAAUAUUCUGUGGUAAGAAGAGUGACACAGUGUGUCCAUGGUAAAGGUUAACCAAACAUGCCAAACUAAGAGAGAGAAACCAAAGCAUCCCUCAUCCCCGCCACCCCACCCCCUGCCAACAGUCUAACUGUUGUCCUGUGGUAGAGUAUAUUAUGUAAAUUAGCUCACUGAUUUUAUACAUGUACAUCUGUAUAUUUAUGGUAAUAUUAUAUGUGUGAACGAUGGAUAUAUUUAUUCAGUGUAAAAUAAACUCUGUAAGCACUGCUCUGAACACAGCUGUCUUGCUAAGCAGUGGUGGUAAUUAAAUAUGAAUAGAAUUUAAGCUAUUCCUACAUUUAAUCUAUGGUCUUUACACUUGUUUAAUCUGUAGAUAUGUAUUUAUUCUUUUUUCAUGUUUCUCUGUAGGUCAAGAUAAGUUCUUAACCUUUAUGUACAUCAUGUGUAUAAAACAGUAUACACAUGUUUAGUAUACAUUCUAUCUGCACAUAUCUGUAUAGUGUAUAGAUACAUACAUUUAAACAUAUGUAUUACAUGUAUACCAGAAAUGUUUAAACUCAACAUUCUCAAUGCCAGUGCAUGGUUCGUAAGUUGUGAUGUUUCGGCAACUGAGUGACAUCUUUCUACGUAUGGAAUGGUAAUUUAAUGUAGACCAUGGCUUUAGUUGAGGCCACACGUUUACAGAGUUUAUAAGUCCACCAGAAUUUCACAGCCUUCAAAGUCAUUGAAUCACCAUUGCCUGAUUUUACACAACUACACUGUACUUUAUGAGAUAAUUACCGUUCAUGUAUAUACUACCUAAUGUUAAGGAGGCUGUGCCAGAGAUUUUUAGCAAAAUAUCUGUACUCGGUAAUGAUAUAAAAUUUUACGUACUUACAUCAAGAAUGGCUCAAACUAUUGCCUUUCAGUAAAUAUCAGACCCAUGCCUCUGCUAUUUGUAGUAUUCAAAUUAUUUGGGCUGGCCUAAAAUAAUAGCAAAAUUUGAUUGGGUUUACACUGAUCAAUUUUGUACCAAAAAUCUCUGGAUACAUCAUUGUACAUAGCUUCUUUCCGUAAGCUGCAUGAAAGUUUAUCAUGUCAAAUUGUAGUGUAAUAACUGAUAAUACACAGAAAGAUGUCUCUCCAUUGCGGGUACUGUACAACUCAGAAGUCUGUAUUGCUACCUGUUACUGUCUUCAUUUCUUUCACCUUUCUUCGUUAUUCUGUAUUUAGUGUUUUCAUUGAAAGCCCAUGUUUUUUGUACAUCAUACUUGUAGCUAUAAUUGUGUGCACUGUUUUAUAAUGACUUGUUGUGUUUUAAAUUUCUUUUAUGUAUUCUGGUAUCAUAAAUUUUGUAUAUUGUAUCCAGUGCUUUAUUUUUUACACAUUUUUGAAAGAUAAUUUGUGCCUGAGAAUUUAUUAGGGACAUUGUGAAAACCUGUUUUCUUGUGAUGCCUGUUGAUGAAAACAGAACUGAUAUGGUAGAGUGCAAUCUUUGUGAAGAUAUGUACAGUAUAUAACAAAAAUUCAUAUAUGCUUUCUUCUGCAAACUCUUAAUAUAUAAUUUGUUAUUCACCAGGCAGGCUGGUCAUGAUAUACAUCUCUUUUUCUUGAAAUAAUAUGGUAUAUUUUAUGCUAAUAAAACAAAUUGUAUGCAUUUUUAAUGAAACGAACCUCAAUUUACCUGUGUCAGAAUGAACUUCAAAGAAUUUGUUGUGAACAGUAGUUUUGGUUUUAAUAUCAAACAAUUUAUAAACGUGUUGAGGUAAAGAAAAAAAUAAUCAUAUUAUAAGUUGUAGAAGAAAAAACAGUAUGAAGUCACUUUCACUGGGUGUUUUGGAAGUAUCGACUUGUAUAAUUCUGAAAAUUAUGAUUUUUGGACAGAGAUUCGAGUUCAUUAUACCAUCACAUCUGCAUUCUCUGAGUGUUGUUUAUUUUCAUUCAAAUCUCUUCUAAUUUGAUGUGUUUUUACAAAUGACUUUUGUAUUUUACCUCCAAACUGUAUUGCUGCCAUGUUUUCACCAGCCUACCUUGAAUACAUUCUGUGACAGAGUCAAGUGCAUGAUGCAAAAGCAUAGAUACUUCACAAAAGACUGAGAAGUCCAAAUUUCAACAAACCCUUAUUUGUCAUUUUUAGUAAAUGUACAUAUCCUCAAGAUGACAGUCCAACUGAUUUUGUCCAAAUAUUGAAUUGUCAAAUAUGUGACUUUUUUUAUUCAUUUUUUACCUGAAGUAUCUAUGCUUUGGAAUUAUGCUAUUUAUGUCUUAUUGGAUCAAAAGAAGUUGGGAGCGAUUUGGCCGACUGUUGUAGUACUGAUGUCUUGCUUUGGGAACUAAAAUGGUUUCCUGUUAAUGUGGACAUUGAAACAGGCAUGCAUUGGCAAGAACCAAUGAGCAACAAAAAUGGACAUUUUCCGUUUUUGAUGGAUACACUUUUCAGUGGUAUCCAAGAUUGCGAUGAUUAUGGUCGUGUGGUUAUCAUGUUAGUGUGAUGAUUUUGACAGUUUUUAGUUUGUGUUUUUCAACAAACCCAAGGCAGUACUGUUUCAGGAUGUGGUUGUUCACUAGAGAGCUAUGACAGAGUAAUAUUUUCUACACCACUGAUGUAUACUGUAAUGCUUAUACUUGUAUGUUAUUUUAUAUGAGUCACAUUGUACAGAUAUGAUGAUAUGCCCGGUUAGAUCAUUCUUAGGAGUUAGCCUGUUAGCCAAUACGUGUGGUGAAAAAAACGAGUACUGUAAAUACAGCAUGUGCAAUGUCGGCAGAUCUGUGUGAUUUUGUGUCCGUUGGUACAGUCGCGGUCAUGGUUAGCAGUUUGUAUUGUGUUACUGUGAUACCGUGUUCUUGUUCAUCUACAUCUAGCAUGUAGCAUGCACUAACACUGCCUUUGGACCUAGGCAAGGUAGGCAAGAUCAUUACGUAUAAACACUCUAUGGAAAGUUUUAUGAAGGCAAUCCCCAGCUAGCUCUGAAGCCGCCGUGUGAAACGACACCAGUGUAUAAGCGUAGGUAUUGUCAGUGAACGUGUUAAAACUGACCUGUAUUCCACUGUGACUGAUUGACGUAGGUGUCUCCUUCAUAUUUCUGUGUUCAGAUGACAAUCAGGGUGAUUCAGUGUGCUUGGUGAACUUGUAAUAAAUCUCAGCCUUCUUUUGUAAUAAAUGUCUAUAAAUGAGGCUUCGGCUUAAAAUGUUCAGAAAUGUUUGCUUUGCAACUGCUAUGUAGUUUGGUUUCAUGCAUUCAUAUAUACUGCCUGAUGUAUUGCGUAUGCAUAACACCAGCGAUGACAUUACCACGAAAGCCGUUCAGAAAUGAUGCAUGGAAAACUUGCGUUAUCCAAAUGCAAGAAGUCCGCUUUGUGCUCCAGACCAGAAAUAACACGCUUUGCCCAUGCAGGGGUCUUGUUAAUGUGGUAAGUGACAAGUGAGUCAGUGCACUUGAUCUGUGUACAUAUUUCAGUUUGGUUAACAUACAGCAUUGUAAGUGGAGCAACUCUGAGCCGUUAAACCGUGAACCACGUGGAUCUGGUCAUGUUAACUUGGAUUUUAUUAUAACAGGUAGUUCGUAAUGUUUUGAGUACUCCACCUAGUGAAUAAAACUUGUUCACUACUAGGGUAGGCUGCUACAUGUGCGUGUAAACCCCUAAAUGUGCAACAGUGCAUGGGUCAUGGGUGUACUUUGCCUUUCGUGGUUCCAUGCACGACAAUCGUGGUGUCCUCGCCCAGUAUGUGCAAGCAUGUCUUAUUUCACAACUGCCAGAUGGACACAGUCCUUCAUUUGUGGAUGCUAUCAUACUAUGCAACUAGGCAAGGGGCGAUAGCCAGCUUUACCGUGGUAUUCCCACCCAUAUACACCCCAGAUUUUGUGAUUUCCAGGCUAUCACUCUAUGAUCCAUGUUGAACAUCUAAGAGCUUAUGGAUGUUCAGGGAGAUGGAAAUUUAAACCUCUUCAUACCACAACCAUGUAAGCUCCAGACAAACAGGAAAAUCUCUGAAACCCUGUGAAUGAUCGUGUAUUUUUCAAGUCAAAUUUUCACGUGCAUGUAGAAACGGUGUACUGAAGUAAACGUUAUAGGCAUAUUGCCUUGACCGUUACCAACAGCUUGGCAUGCAAGUGAUAACUUUAGAGAACCUAGGUAAACUAGCUCUUUGCAGCAGCAAACAACAUCCAGUUAUCAGUGAGAUGCCCAUACGUUUGAACGUAACCAUCAAAGAAACCUUCCACCGAUAAAACGUGGUACUGGUAUAUGUACAUGUUAAACUGCACAUUAAAGUCCAUAUAUUGGUGUUGAAUAAGGGAGCACUUGAUCAAGCUUGUCCAGAAGCAACCUUGGGUGUACAUGUGGGAAUUUUUAAUCUGCAUGUUCUCACAUCAUAUACAUAAUUAGCGGGUGUGAAGUUCGCAAGAAUGUUCCACAGUUCUGUAAAAGGUGCAUAUUGUACUUUCCUUAGAUAUUCUUAUUGCCAAAGAUUUCAUCAUAAAAUGUCAUAAAAAUGUAUCGGUUAACGCCUUGAAUGAAUUCUGAAAUAUCUAACACCUGUUUCACUCUGGAAAACAUUCUGCGGUAAUGGAUUUUAUAGGGUACUCUAGACUUAGCGUUGCAUGAAUCCACACCAAGAGAUCGGGUUUUUGGUAUGUUUUAAAACUUUCUUUCUCGUUUUUGUUGAUCUUUUCUGUUUAUAUGACCGUGUUUAAAAUGAGUCAGGGAAAUUUGAUGGAAGAAAAGACGUCGAAUAGCAACGCGCAUGUUCUGUUGAAAGUAUACGUACUUACCCUGCCAUGCAAUUCUAAGAAAUUUCUUGAUAUACCCUUGAUACAAUCACUACUGUGGACGUCAGUU